AUGACCACCCGCAAGGGCAGGCGAUCAUUCGACGCGCGCCUCGACUACGAUUCUAGAGACGACGACGCGUUGACGUCGCGCAUCGGCGGCGGCGUGUCAGGCGCUCACGUAGCGGGAGCGGCUUUUCGCGACGUGGCGGAUGGGGCCUUUGUCGCAGAGGGAGCAUCGCAGCAGUGGGACGGCGUCGCAGAUGUCGCAGAUCAUGUCGCCAUGCAGGAUGCGGCGGGCAGCCGCUGGGAUGCGAUGAUGGCCGAAGGAGGGGAGGAUGAGGAGGAAUGCGAGGAGGAAGAGGAGGGGGAAGAAGAGGAGGAAGAGGAGUGGGACGAAGAAGAGGAGGGCGAAGCUGAGGGCCACGAGGAGGCGGGAGAGGAAGAGGACGAGGCCGAUCUGUGCUUGAAUCGAGCCAAGACCCUCCCGCUGCUUCACGUUUCGCGCACUGCGUCGUCGGAAAAGUCGGCGGAGCGAGGCUUGCCGGGGACGACGGUGGGCGCUGGCAAUACGGCUGGCGACGAGGGAGACAACGACGAUGACCUGUAUCCUGAGCUACGCGCGUGCCACACAGCGCGUGGCCGCCUCCAGCAGCAAAUGGCGCCUCCGCCUUACGCGCGCGGCGCUGAGUCAGCGGGGUUCGUUGAGCAUCACCACGGGCAUCAUGGGGAUCCUCGUUAUAAGGAGCAUCGCUACAGUCCGCAGGCUCAGGUUGGUGGUCAGGUUCAGGCCCAGGGUGAGAAUAUGUUUCGUCAGGAGCAGCUAUGGGAACAGCAUCAUCAGCAGCAAUCGUGGCACCAGCAGCAACAGCAGCAGCAGCAGCAGCACCACCAGCAGCAGCAGCAUCAUCACCACCAGCAGCAUCAUCAGCCGCAGCAGCAGCGCAGCCAAAGCCAUCGCCGCACGUUUUCCGACGUUUCUGACGUCAUCAUGACGUCCGGCCACGUGGCAGCGAGCCCGUGCGACCUGCAAAGGUCCCCCCUUCCGCCGCCCCAUCACAAAGCUCACACACACGCUGCUGCUGCUGCUGCCGCUGCCGCUGCUGCAAACUAUGGUGCGGAGAGGAGUCCGAACGGCCGAUUCACAGGGGCUGUAGCGGGUGGGGGAGUAGCAGGCGCGGAUGUAGCAGAGUGGGUACCGCCGCCCCCAGGAGCGCCCCCCCCUCAGCUGUCACCUGGGUGCCAGCGUCCAGGGGCGGAUGUAGCGGCCUGGAUAUCACCUUCCCCAGUUGGCACCGGGAAGCAACGCGUGCACCGCCGCACAGUCUCUGACCUCUCUGAUGUGAUGCCGGCUGGGGUUGCUGGCGCUGACAUGGCUGUAGCGGCUGCUACAGCCAGCGGGAACGCUGCGGCAGGUGUUGGGCCGGCUGGGCGUGCUGUUGCUACAGCCGGAUACGGCAAUUCUGACAGCUAUCGUGGGGCCGGGGUGAACGUGCCGUGUAGCAGAAGCAGCAGCGGCGGCAGUGCUGUGCCUGUGAUGGUGUAUUCAGGGGCGAACAGGGUAGGGGAGGGGGCGAACAGAGGAGGGGAGAGUCGAAGAUGCAUGGAGGGAGUGGGUGCCAGGCCGAAUGUGGCAUCAGGCUCUGCUUCUGCUACUGCUCGUGUUGGCUCUUUUACCCCAAAGCAGCAACACCUGCUGCUGCAGCAGCAGCAGCAACCGCCAUUGUCAGUGCCACCCCUACACCAGCAAGGCAGCAGACGGAACGUGCCGAAUUUCGCCCCUCAGAAGAGCUUCGGCAACGCUGCUGCCGUUGGGUCUAAACCAAUGCUGGGGCAGCCUCAACUGAGCUCUCCUGCUUAUUCCCCCUGGGUGCCCGCAGCCGCUGCCGCUGCUGCUGCUGCUGCCGCCGCUGCCACUGCUGGUGCUUCAGGCGCUGGCGUUGCUUCUGCUCCCGAUGCUGGUGCUUCUGCUGGUGCUGGCGCUGGUGCUGCGUUUCCCGCGCGCGCGAACACGUUUUCCACAGGAGCGUGGGGGGGGAAAGGGGCAGGAGGAGCAGGAGCAGCAGGAAUAGGGGCAGGAGGAGCAGGAGGAGGAAUAGCAGGAGCGUUUGGAGUGGGAGGGAAAGAACCAGGAGGAUCAGGGAGAAUGGCACCCUUAAACCUACCACCACUGGUGUUACAGGAAGAACCCCAGCUGCACCUAGUGCCGCCUGGCAGGAAAGCAGGCGCUGCAGCAACAACCGGACCCUCUGUGAGAGGCGCCAGGACUCCUGGGGGGAGGCUGCAGCGGCAGAUGAGUGAUGAUGAGGAGGAGGGGGACGGGGAGAGGGGGAAUGGGAGAGGAGCGGGGGAGGGUGAUUUGGGAAGGUCGGGCUUAGGUGUUGGUAAGCGGGCGGGUGUGACGGCCCCUAUGACUCCUAAAGGAAGGCUGCAGCGGCAGAUGGAUGAGGAGGAGGACGAUGGGGAGGGUGUGAGGCUGAAGGCAGGUAAGAAAGGAGGAAGGUUGCAGCGGCAGAUGGAGGAGGAUGAGGAGGAGGAAGGGGAGGGUGUAAAGGCGAAGGCGGGUAAAAAAGGAGGGAGGCUGCAGAGGAGGAUGGAUGAGGAGGAGGAUGAGGAGGAGGGUGUCAGAGCAAAGGCGGGUAACAAGGGAGGUGUUGAUGCUAGCGUGUCAGUGCCUGUUGCUCCUGCUAAGGGAGGCAAGAAAGGAGGAAAGCUGCAGAGGAGCUUAGACGAGGACAGUGAGGAAGAGAAGGAGGAGGGUGCGAGGAAACGGGAGGGGAGGCGCGUGCAUGGGAAAGAGGAGAAGGGCAAAGAGGAGCGGAAGGCAGGUUCGGGCACUGCUUCGGGAAAAGCAGGUUCGGCUAGUGCUUCGGGAAAAGCAGGUUCGCCCACGGCUGAGGGAAAAGAAGUUUCAGCUGUUAGUGCAGGCAGGCAAGGGAGCAAGAGGGAGGGGGGGAGGCUGGAGAGAAAGAUGGAGGAGGAGGAUAAUGUGAAUGGAGGGCGAGGGGACGAAGGCGAGAAGGGGGAGACGGAUGGCGGCAGGAGCGGGGUUGAGUGCGGUGGGGGUGAAUGCAGUACGCGAGAGGAGGGGGAGGAGGAGGGGGGAGGGAAUGAGGGGCCACUUGCUGGUGAGGGAAGGAAGGGGAGGCUUGGUGGGUCUUAUGAGGGGGAUAGGCGCGAGGGUAAGGCUUCAGGGAGGCUGCAGAGGAGGAUGAAUGAUGAGGAUGAUGAUGAUGAUGGUGAUGGUGGUGAUGAUGGUGGUUGCGAUGAGGAAAAGGAACGCUCUGAGUUGACUCAAAAGGGUGACAGGCGUGAGGGUAGGGCUUCAGGGAGGCUGCAGAGGAGGAUAGAUGAUGAUGAGAGUGAUGAGGAGAAAGGGGUAAGUGGAUCGAGAAGGGUGGGUGGUAAGCCGAGGAGCCAGGCUAGCACUCCCAAGGGAGGGAGGAGGGCCGGGAAGAGUCAGUCCUAUGUUGAGACUUCUCCAUUGUCUCAGAAUUCGCCGUCUCAAAACGCCAAAGGCGGGCCGGAUGGCCCAUUCAAACGGGUCGGAUCGUUGGGUGCUUUGGGUGGGGAUGAGAGGGGAAAUCCUGAGAGUGAGGGGCAGGGAGAGAGGAAGGAGGGGGAGAGGUUGAGGAGAAAGAAAGGGAGCGGGGAUAUGGACAGGGAAAGGCGGUCGAAAGGGAGUGGGGAUAUGGAGAGGGAUCGGAGGUCUAAGGGGAGUAAGGGGAGUGGAGAUUUCGAGAGGGAUGGCAGGAGGUCCAAGGAGCAGGAGGAGCAGCAGGCAAAGGAGGAAGAGGAAGGGGAGGGGAACGAGGAGAAGGAGGAGGAAAGUGACAAGGUGAAGGGGAAGGAGACGAUGGAGAGGGGGGAGCAGGAGGAGGAGAAGAAGGGAGUAAAAGAGGAGAAGGAGAGUCCAAAGGAGAGGCGCAAGGUGAGUAAACUGCAGCGAAUGCUAGAGGAUGAUGAGACAGAUGAGGAGGAGGUGUGUGUGAAGGAGAGUGCAAAGGAGAGUGAGAAGGAGCGUGCAAAGCAUAGAAAGGUGGGCUCUCAGGGAGAGGAUGUGAGGAGGAUCGGUUCGGAUGUGAGAAAGAUCGGUUCGGAUGAGACAGACGGGAGUAGGAUAGGAGGGAGUGGGCGAAGAGGGAGUGGGAGGAAGGCCGGUGCAGCAGGGAGUGGUUCUGCUAGAAAGGAGGUUGGGAGCAAUCGGAAAAGUAGGUUGGGGGAGGUGGGGAGGAAGGACGGCGGGAAAACGGAGGAUGAAGGGGAGAGGGAGGGGGAGAAGAAGAGGAGAGGAAAGGAGGAUAAGGCAAGAGAGAAGAAGGAGAAGGACGGGGGGAAGAAGGGUGGGAGCAAAGGCAGUGGGAGGAGGGAGGGCGAGAUUCCUCUGAAGGCCACACGUUUGUUUGCAGAUACUAACACCGAUUGGAAUGCGGGUCCUUCCUCUGCUGCUACUUCCGAUGGGCUGCCUUGCAAGUCUCCUAGAAGCAUUCGCGAGGGCUCUUUCUUUGGCAGCCUGAGCAGCUUCCGAUUCGUGCCUGACGUUCGCUCGCUCUGGUCUCGAACCAAGACGAUGAAUGAGAGAGAUGGGGAGGAGCGGAAGAGGAAGGAGGAGAAGCGGCGGAAGGAGGAGGGGGGAGGAGAGGAGGAGGAGGAAGGGGGGAAGGGGAGGGAGGGAGGGGAGAUGGGCCGGUCUUGGUCCCGGACUAGGACGAUAAAUGAGGGUGAUGGGGAGGCGAGGAAGAGGGAGGAGAGGAGGCGGAGGAAGGGGAGUAAUGGGGGAGACGAGGAGCAGGAGGGGAGAGAGGGUGGGGAGUUUGAGCGGUCUUGGUCUCGAACCAAGACCAUGAAUGAGGGAGAUGGGGAGGCGAGGAAGAGGGAGGAGUGGAGGAGGAAAGACAGCGCGGGAGAGGAGGAACUGGAGGGGGGAAAGGGGAGGGAGGGAGGGGAGAUGGGGCGGUCUUGGUCCCGAACUAGGACGAUGAAUGAGGGGGGUGGGGAGGCGAGGAAGAGGGAGGAGAGGAGGCGGAGGAAGGGGAGUGGAAGUGGAGAGGAGGGGAGUGGCAUCGGUGCUUCUGGGAUGGAUGAAGUUGGUGUGAACGAGGGCGGGAACGGCAGCACUGAGGGGCGGUUUAAGGCAAAGGAGGAGGGUGGGUCAAGGCGUGCGGGUAAGGACGGGAAAGGUGUGCGAACGCUCUUAAUUGACACAGGCAGUGAUAGCGAGGAGGAGGAGGAUGGGAGGGAUGCGCAGGCAGAAGGGGAGGAAGGAGGCAAGGAGGGUGAGAAGGAGCAGGGGCAGCAGGGAAAGCUGGGCAAGGUAGAGGAGGAGAAGCGAUUGCUGCAGCUGCAGCUGCAACAGCUGGAGGAGCAGCAGAGGCAGCUAGAGGCCGAGGUGGAGCGGCAGAGACAGCUGCUGGGAUUGAGCAGUGGGGUGGUUGACAGUUAG